CAGACACUGAGCUGAGAGUCACAUUCAGUUUCCAGCUCUGUACACACACACAGAAGACAGAGAAGAAGACAAGAGGACUCGACAGGAGAGGAAGAUGGCGUCCAUCCCCUGUGCUCUGAUAGUGUUGCUGAUCUUCCUGAGUCAGGAUCACAUGGGUGUCCAAGGAGAGACUCCCACUGUCUUCUCCAGUGUGGGUAGGGAUGCCACUCUUCCCUGCAGGAAUGUGGUUUAUCCAGACUGCUCUUCUACUACAUGGCUUUAUCUUCGCUUUAAAGCUGCUGUAGAAUUGUUCGUCUAUGGAAAGAUCAACCCUGCUGUAGCCACACACAGAGCUAAGAGACUGAGUCUGGUCUCUGACUGUUCUCUCUACAUUACUGAUGUCACCACUGAGGAUGCUGGACUCUACAUCUGUCAGCAGUACCUGAGAAAGGGAGGACCCCAACAUGGAGAGGAUGCUGAUGUCUAUCUGUCUGUUCUUCAGGGUGUUAUACCCACAACUUCCUCUACCUCUGUAUUGAAAUCCUCUCCCCGGAUAAAAACUGUCACCACUGCUUCCUCAAACUCAGGCCCAUCAGCUAGUGGAGCCUCAUCAGACUGCUACUCAUCAUCCCACUCCUCAGUGGUCCAUGUGGCUGUUAGAGUUGCUACCACUAUCAGUCUGUUUGUGGCUGUGAUCAUAGUUGCAGUCAUUUACAGGAUGAGAUCAGGUGAUCCCCAGGGCAAACCAAACACCUCUGCUCAUAGUGUUUACUCUGCUGCAGCCAGCCAGUCCUUGUAGCCUUGUAGUCUGUGUGGCAUCAAUAGACCCAGCUGUUGCCAGACUCUUCAUCACCUACAUCAACCUCCAUCACCUGCACUGGAGCUACAGGAUGCCAGGCUGGGAUUCCAGGGAGUCUAUAACUGCUUUAAGGUGGCAUUAAUGUUCAACUUCAAGACAUCUGAAACCUCAAUGAGUUCAUCUUAAAUUACAUCUUAAAUUACAUUAACCCCUUGUUGGUUUGGCUGUGGCUGUUUCUCUUAGCAGUGCUUUCAUGAGGAAGAAGUGAGAUCAUUUUGUGUUUCACAAUGAAUGUGCUUAGUUGAGAAGUUUUCUUUUUCCUUUGUGUAAGUUUGAAAUGCUCUUCCUUUUCUGUUCCAGAGUUCUUAUGAGUGUAACAUACCUUUUGAUGACACAAACUCCUUCUAAAGAGUAGCUUGCUGAUACUCCUUUUUGUAUGUGUACUGUCUGUGUGAUAAAUAAGAACUUUGGAUUUGUUACUUGAACCUUGUGUUGCUUGUAACUGUCCCCUGUGCUGUGAAUAAAGCUGUGGUCUCACA